UUACUAUUGAGGUACACUACGUAGUGGCAAAGUAGAUUAGGGCGUAGCAGCAGACAUCCACAUCCAAACACGUGUGCAACACAUCCAAACACGCGCCGUUUGUGUGAGAUAGCUGCAAGCUCCAAGAAAAAACUCUUCACCAAAAGAGAUCUACUGUUUGGGAGGAGUGAAUGAGAGGCGGGGGGAGAACUUUUUUGCUUCCUGAGAACUGCACCAUACUGUUGUCUUCACCGUAUUAGAUGAGCUUUUUUCAGCAGCUGACGCUGUAGUUUGACACUGUUGGUGGAGGGCUGAAGGAUACGCAUUCUUCCGUAAGAGAAAACUACACCAGUGACAAAUGACGACUGCUGUUAAUUCACCACGGGACAGAUAUAAUGCUGUCUGGAUUAUAUUUUUCAUCCUGGGGCUGGGAACGCUUCUGCCAUGGAACUUCUUCAUGACUGCUACUCAGUACUUCACCAGCCGUCUGAAGGAUCCUGCUAUGAGUGCAGAACCUCAGAACCAGACCAUGGCUGACUCGCGUAGCGUCCUGGAAUCGAAGUUCAACAAUGUGAUGACCCUGUGUGCCAUGGUGCCGCUGCUCAUCUUCACCUGCCUUAAUUCCUUCCUCCAUCAGAGGAUUCCUCAGAAAUGGAGGAUCUCCGGCAGCCUCUGUGUGAUCCUGGUGGUGUUUCUCAUCACCGCAGUGUUGGUCAAGGUGAACAUGGAACCUAUGCCCUUUUUCACCAUCACCAUGAUCAAAAUCGUCUGCAUCAACUGCUUUGGUGCGAUUCUGCAGGGGAGUCUCUUUGGACUGGCAGGAUUGCUCCCAGCUUCCUAUACCGCACCAAUCAUGAGUGGUCAGGGGUUUGCUGGAACAUUUGCAGCCUUUUCCAUGAUCUGUGCAAUCGCCAGUGGCUCAGCGAUACAGGACAGUGCUUUUGGUUACUUCAUCACUGCCUGUGUCGUAAUUGUUCUGGCCAUCGUUUCUUACGUUGCCCUGCCCAAAAUGGAAUUUUUCAAGUAUUAUGCCGACACCAGCAUCCCCAAACCAAGCAGUGAUGAGGAAAACAAGAUGGACCUUUUGACCAAAGAGCACUCUGAGGAGAAGCAGGCAGUAGUGAGUCUGACCGAUGAAGAGACUGCACAUAACACCUCUGUGUUUGCCAUCUUUAAAAAGAUCUGGGUGAUGGCCCUUUCAGUGUGCUUUGUCUUCACCAUCACUAUUGGAAUAUUUCCUGCUGUAACUGUGGAAGUCCAGCCCACUGGGGAAGACGGUGGUGAUUGGCAAAAGUACUUCAUUCCCGUGUUCUGCUUCUUGCUCUUUAACUUGAUGGACUGGGUUGGACGAAGCUUAACUGCAAAGUUUAUGUGGCCUGGUAAAGACAGCAAGUGGCUUCCUGUGCUGGUGCUGGCUCGAGUCAUAUUCGUCCCCCUCUUCGUUCUGUGUAACGUGAAGCCCAGGAACAACCUUCCCGUGGUGUUCACUCAUGAUGCCUGGUACAUCGUGUUCAUGAUCCUCUUCUCAUUCAGCAACGGCUAUCUGGCCAGCCUGUGUAUGUGCUUCGGACCUAAGAAAGUGGCUCAGCACGAAGCAGAGACAGCCGGAGCCAUCAUGGCCUUCUUCCUGUCCUUAGGUCUGGCCCUGGGGGCUGCACUGUCCUUUGGCUUUAGGGCAAUGAUCUAAUACUCUUUACUCAGUACGUACUGCUUUCUAGGGGGAAAAGGACAGAAACACUGCCAAAACCUGUGCUAUUUGGAAACACAUGGAUUUGGAAUUUAAGUUGAACAGUACUGCAGCUCUGCCUCAAGAGAAAAUAUCACUUAUG